GAAGUUGCACCACAGUUGCACUCACUAGUGUGAAUUUUGCUUAAUAAUGGAUUUUUGGAAGUAUAAAAAGGGUUCGAUUUACUCUAAUAACCAUUCAAUAUUUAGAGAAAACGGUUAGAUGUUAGAAGAAAAAGGAAAAAUGGUUUGGAAAUUUGGAAAAUUCGGUGCCAACAACGGACGAACUGUACGCUCGCGAAGUUCUCCGUCCAAAAGAUCUGAGGGUCUUCUUAUUCACACCACAGCUUUCCCUGAAGGAAGCCAAGAUAAAACAGAGGUCACCACUUAUUCGCUAGGCAAGCAAAAUCGCUGGCUUCUUCCAGAAGUGAUCAAGACAACUACCUCUGCGGAAUUCGAGAAGGACGAGGUUGUUUUAGUGGAAAGAUUCACCAAUGAUGGAAAAGAUCGUCCGGACUGUUUGUCAGUUUACAGCUCAAAGGAUAACAAAACUCGAAAAUCCAAGGGCAGAUUGGCUCGAGCUAAAGAUCUGCUGGUUGACGUUGAAUAUGCGAGCACAUGCUUUGAGGUGAGUUACCCCAGUCCAUUGAGACCAUGGCAGAAAGAGAAACAUAGAAAGGGAUCAGGGGUACGUUUCGAAACACGCAAGAAGAAUUCUCGUUUCGAUUGGAGUCAAGAGGAAGACUUCGAGGAGGUACAUGAGGAAGAUCUAUCUUUCCACUGUAUCGAGGAGGAUCUCAGUGAACACUGUCACUCAAACAGCUUUGUUAGAUCUAUAACAAUGGAUUUUGAUUCACUUUUGAGAACAUCCCCUAAAAGGAAAUCGAAUCUAAUCGAAAAGAUUAAGACUUCACAGCAAAUAAAAAAUACCAUUAAAAGCACAAGACUUUUCUCACCUAAAAAGCAGUGCAUUUAUGUGGACAGUGGAGAUGAUAUGUACAAUGCACAUCAAGAACUUUUGACUCAAAUCAGAGAGAUGUCUGCAUAUAAUAAUGAUUGUCGUAUUCCUAACUCCUAUGAUGCCAUUAUGAAUGACUGGGGUUAUGAUGUUAAUAUGGUUGACUGGGGUCAUGAAGCUAAUAUUGAUGACUGGGGUCAUGAUGCCAAUGUAGAUGACUGGGGUCAUGAUGCUAAUGUGGAUGACUGGGGUCAUGAUGCUCAUAUGGAUGACAGGGGUCCUGUUGCUAAUAUUGAUGAUAGGGGUGCUGUGGCUAAUAUGGAUGACAGGGGUGCUGUUGCUAAUAUGGAUGACAGGGAUCCUGUUCCUAAUAUGGAUGAGUGGGGUCAUGAUGCUAAUGUUUAUGACUGGGGUCAUGAUGCUAACAUGGAUGAUCAGGGUUGGAAUUAUGAUUGGCGGGCACCAGUAAGAGGUGGCAUGCACAGAGGAAGAGGGCGAGGAAGAAGGCAUGGAGGAGGACGAGGAAGAGGUAAUUGGAGACAUGGAAGACGAGGAGGUUUCCGACGAUUCAAUCAGGUUGAUCCUAACUUGUCCUUAGAAUUAAACAAUCCAUCUUCAAUUGGGAACAGUCAUGGUAGUCAACACCAAGUACCUAGCACAGUUAUGACACCAAGAUCUGACCUGCCUGGAAAAUGUUUGGAACCUUCAUCAACAGAUGUAAUCCACCAGUACAUUGCUCUUGUUCUUUCCCCAGAACAAACUAAUCCUGCUCAUCUAGAGGAAAUGUGGGGUGAGAAGUACCUUGAAGCAGAGAGUGUUCCAAGGGCAUUUGCACUCAAGGUUACACCACUAACAUCUCAGGACAUCAAUGGAGAAGUUUUCAUUCUUUUCCAACAGGGUCACAGGCUGACUAACUGGUUUGCAUCUGUCACUUGCAGUGAAGAACACACACAUACAUCAGUGCUAACAGAGUUCAUUUCUGAAAUCAGGCUGAAGAGUGUCAGAAAGGAUGUCUGUGGCCUUGCUCUAGAGGAUAUUGUGAACACUGCUAGAAACUGCUUCUGCUCAAACACCAAUAGUAAAGCAGACAUAGCAGAACCCAGGCUACCCAAACUGUCUUUUGAUGUCUUUGCAGACCUGCUUGGUUGGAAGUCUAAGGCAUUUACCUUGCCGAAAGCACGUCAGGAGAUAAAGAUGUUCCUGGGAAAAGAAAAGUUCUUGUCAGAAAACCCUGAACCUCUGUUUAGUACUGAAAUGGAGUGUGGGAUAUGUUUUAUGGAACUCAGCUGUAAUGAUACUGAUGUCUCCUCGACAACUUUGACCACCUGUGAUCACACAUUCUGUAACAGUUGCUGGAGGACUCACUUAAAGACCCAGAUUGAUCUUGGCCAAAUAAACCUGAGGUGCCCUGGGCAUGAGUGUAGCACAACAGUUGAUGAUGUCACCUUAAUGUUACUUGCACCAUCACUUUAUGGAUGGCAUAUGGCAAAAAGGGUGGACACCAUACUGGAAAUAUGCCCCAAGUGGAAAUGGUGCCCAGCAGACCAGUGCAAGUUGGUUGUCAAGGCAACAAUAGCAAAGGACUCCUCCAAGGUCUGUAGCUCUGAGCACAGUGGUAGUGUCCAGCCUUUGCCAGUGGUAUGCCUCUGUGGUAACACAUGGUGUUUCAAGUGCCAGGAAGAUGCUCAUUGGCCAGCUACUUGUGAGGAAGCCCAGGUGUUCAGAAAGAAACAUGAACGGUAUGCUAAGAUGGUUGAAAACAGCAAAAAAGAGACCCUGAUUACUAGUGUAGGGGUUAAAAACUGCCCAUUUUGCAAUUACCCAAUACAGAAAGGUCUUGGAUGUAAUCACAUGGUCUGUGGUCUCUGUGGUAAAGAAUUCUGUUGGUAUUGCCUGCAGAUCUGGUCUUCCCAUGGUGAUGUUUGCAAGGGGGUUGUUGCAUUGCGAGAGGUGGUGAUACCAGUGAAUACAAAACACUUGAGAUCAUAUGAACACCAUGCUGUGAUGUGUCACUUGGCCAGGUCACCAGUCCAGAUACAACAAACUUACAAAAAACUGGAUAACCUUGAAAAACGACAACAGUUUUAUGACUCAUGCUCAUAUAGAUUUGACUCCAAAAAACAUUGGCCUAGUUCUACAAAAAGGCAUAUGAGGGAUCUAUGUGAUAGUGAUAUGUCACAAGAUUUGCCACAAGUAUUUGGUUUUAAAUUCCAGGCCCUUCUUGCCCUUGAAGGUUUGGCAAUGGUGUUGAGCUUCAAGAGAGACUCUCCAAACAAGAGGGUAGCACUGGAAUUUGAAAGACUGUUAUUCAUUGUGGAGAGAUUGAAUGACUUACUCCAAGACUUUGAGAAAGGUCUCAAACUUGAGACUUUGGAAAGAAUGAAAAAUUUAGUAGCAUGUGGCAAGAAAUGUCUAUGUGUUUUAUAUAGAAAUACAAAAAGUGCAUAAUUUCUUCUUGAU